GGGCUGGAGUCCUUGGUUGAGGUAGUACGUGUGCCUCACUCCUCCCGAUCCUCCUCACUUGCUACGCGUGUGCACUCGAUAAACAUAACGUCUCCUGGAAGCUACAGUUUUCUUGGAAGUGAAAGACUGUGUUAGCCGCAAAACACAUCAAAGUGCCUCAUUUAUUGUCUUCAGGAAGUGAUGCGCAAAGACAUACAGUGUUAUCAAUUUGUUCUUCUUGGUUAUCAAUUUGUUCUUCUUGAACAGCAUUACAUUUCGUGAAGUCAAGUCUUGCACUGGAAAAUGGCCAAAAUAGAGAACCAAGUGGCAACUCAGGAGAGUGUGGGCGAUGCAGUGGACGAUAAUAAUAACAAUAAUAGCAACGAUGAUAAAAAUCAAACUGACAGCCAGAUUAGCAAGACAGCGGCAAGUUCCGGCGCAAAGUAUCAGUUGCGACCUCGGUCAGUGCACCCGCGGCGCCGCUGUGACAGUGAAUGGAGUCUGGAGGACACACUGCGGCAACACAAGCAGAGACCGCCACCGCUCUCCAGGUACCGCAGGAAGACGGCUAAUGCCCGCGAAAGGUACCGCAUGCGGCAAAUCAACACUGCCUUUGAGAGCUUACGAGGGGUGUUACCCUCGUGGGUAUGUAGCCGACGCGCCGCUUCCGAGAUGACGAAGAUCACCACGCUGAGGCUGGCCUCGGCCUACAUCAGGUCGCUACAGGACAUCCUGGAUGGUAAAGCCCAUCAGGACACCUGCUCCUGGGUCCUUUCCAGCAUUUUCCAGGACGCCUCCCAUCUCCAGGAGUCUCAGCCAGACCUCUGCGAUGGUAAUCACUCCAAGACGCAGCAAGCUCUCUCGCAUACGCCCUCAGAUUCUGAUUUCGUGUCUUUCCUGUGCACUUCCACGGAGUCCACAGUUUUUCAGGACAGCAUGGAGUCUUUCUCUUACCUUUCUCCCAUGUCUGAGGCUGAGGCCAUGGCUCUUCUGCUAGGGAACGAACAUCAACCAAGACCCUGGACCGAGGGUCACCACUUCCCGCUUGUGUCGUGAUUUCAGCGAAGUCGUUAAUGCUCUUCUUGGAUCUUGAAUUUCCGUCCCGAUCACGUACCUACCAUACCAUUCCCGCCGGUGUAGAGAAGUGAUCUAUCAUAAGAAAAUUCACGGUGAUUAAGGUGAUAAGUUGGCGAUCAUCAUGGCAUGCAGAUGUCAUAACUAUUACGACUGUGGCUUGGGCUUCCUUACAGAAGAACGGCUUCAGUUGCGGCAUUGCAACGACAGCUACGACACAGCCAGCAAGGUUUCGGGUGCCAUAGGCGAUUAGCGGCUCACCUCUGAUAGGAUAUUAAGUGACAAUCCCUAAAAUCUGCAUUUGAGAAAAAGAAGAAUUUGCAGUCUGUUUCGUGAACUCUCCAGUUUAACAUGUUUUUCACUUACGACCACUGAUCGUAAAGUUGUCGAGACAGACUUUCUUGAAAGAUAGUCAAUAGAAAGUGCAAAAUAUUAUUGUGUAUCUG